UGCGCUCUCUUAGGCUGACCUGUCCGAGCCCUAACACCCGGACCAUGCACGCGGCCAGGACUCCCGGGAUCGCCUCCGGCGCCGGCGGGGUGGCCAACCCCACCAGUUUUCAGCAGAUACCUACGCUGCCGCCCCUCCUCGUGUUGCUGCUGCUGCUUCUCCUGUCACCGGUAAGCUGCGUCCCGGCACAGCCCGCUGCCCCUGAGCGAGCGUUGCUGUCCCCGGAUCUCGCGGGGGCUGCAGGGGUCCCCGCCGAGGAGGCCAUAGUGCUGGCGAACCGUGGGCUCCGGGUGCCCUUCGGCCGCGAGGUCUGGCUGGAUCCGCUGCACGACCUGGUGCUGCAGGUGCAGCCGGGGGACCGCUGCUCGGUGACCGUGCUAGACAACGACGCGCUGGCCCAGAGGCCUGGCCGCCUGAGUCCCAAGCGCUUCCCGUGCGACUUCGGCCCGGGAGAGGUACGCUACUCGCACCUGGGCGCGCGCAGCCCAUCGCGGGAUCGCAUUCGGCUGCAGCUGCGCUACGACGCGCCGGGAGGGGCAGCAGUGCUACCCUUGGUGCUGGAGGUGGAGGUGGUCUUCACCCAGCUAGAAGUUGUGACUCGGAACUUGCCCCUCGUCGUGGAGGAGCUACUGGGGACCAGUAAUGCCCUGGACGCGCGGAGCCUGGAGUUUGCCUACCAGCCCGAGACCGAGGAAUGUCGCGUGGGCAUCCUGUCCGGCCUGAGCGCGCUGCCUCGCUACGGGGAGCUCCUUCACUACCCGCAAGUUCCAGGUGGAGCCAGCGAGGGGGGCGCCCAGGAUCCUCUCCUGAUGGACUGCAAAGCUUUCCAGGAACUAGGCGUGCGCUACCGCCACACGGCCCCUAGUCGGUCCCCAAACAGGGACUGGGUGCCCAUGGUGGUGGAGCUGCGGUCUCGCGGUUCGCCUGUGGGCAGGCCUGCUCUGAAACGUGAGCACUUCCAGGUGCUGGUGAGAAUCCGAGGAGGGGCCGAGAACACCGCCCCCAAGCCCAGUUUUGUGGCCAUGAUGAUGAUGGAGGUGGGUCAGUUUGUACUCACCGCCCUGACCCCAGACAUGCUGGCCGCUGAGGAUGCUGAGUCUCCCCCCGACCUGUUGAUCUUCAACCUCACCUCUCCCUUCCAGCCUGGCCAGGGCUACCUAGUUAGUACUGAUGAUCGCAGCCUGCCCCUCUCGUCUUUCACUCAGAAGGACCUGCGGCUCUUGAAGAUCGCCUACCAGCCCCCCUCUGAGGACUCUGACCAGGAGCGGCUCUUUGAACUGGAGUUGGAGGUAGUGGACCCUGAAGGAGCUGCCUCAGACCCUUUUGCUUUUAUGGUAGUGGUGAAGCCCAUGAACACACUGGCUCCCGUGGUCACCCGGAACACCGGUCUUAUUCUCUAUGAGGGCCAGUCCCGGCCCCUUACAGGCCCUGCGGGCAGUGGGCCACAAAACUUGGUCAUCAGCGAUGAGGAUGACCUGGAGGCAGUGCAGCUGGAGGUGGUGGCUGGGCUCCGGCAUGGUCACCUUGUCCUUCUGGGUGCCACCCAUGGCAGCUCCACCCCUAAGACCUUUACGGUGGCUGAGCUAGCGGCCGGCCAGGUGGUCUACCAUCACGAUGACAAAGAUGGCUCACUGAGUGACAACCUUGUCCUUCGAAUGGUGGAUGGAGGACACCGGCACCAGGUGCAGUUCCUGUUCCCCAUCACCUUAGUGCCUGUGGAUGACCAGCCACCAGUCCUCAAUGCUAACACAGGGCUGACACUGGCAGAAGGUGAGACGGUGCCCAUCCUGCCCCUUGCUCUAAGUGCAACUGACAUUGACUCAGACGACUCUCUGCUGCUUUUUGUGCUGGAGUCGCCCUCCUCGACUGCAGGGCAACUGCUUCUCCGCCAAAUGCAUCCUCCCCGUGAGGAGGAGGAGCUGAGCAGGGGCCCUUGGAGGAGACAGGGAGCAUUCUAUGAGCAAACGGUGACAGAGUGGCAGCAGCGGGACAUAAGCGAGGGACGGCUGUUCUACAGGCAUUUGGGGCCCCACAGUCCCGGGCCAGUGAUGGACCAGUUCACAUUUCGGGUCCAGGAUAACCAUGAUCCUCCUAAUCAGUCUGGACCACACAGAUUUGUGAUACGCAUUCACCCUGUGGAUCGCCUCCCUCCAGAGCUGGGUAGCGGCUGUCCCCUUCGGAUGGUGGUGCAGGAAUCCCAGCUCACCCCUCUGAGGAAGAAGUGGCUGCGCUACACCGACCUAGACACGGAUGACCGAGACCUGCGUUACACAGUGACCCAGCCUCCCAUGGACACAGACGAAAACCACUCGCCCGCCCCACUGGGCACCUUGGUCCUGACCGACAACCCCUCAGUCGUGGUGACCCAUUUUACCCAAGCCCAGAUCAACCACCAUAAAAUUGCUUACAGACCUCCAGAGCAAGAACUGGGAGUGGCUGCCCGAGUGGCCCAGUUCCAGUUCCAGGUGGAGGAUCAAGCUGGGAAUGUGGCUCCGGGCACCUUCACGCUUUACUUGCAGCCAGUGGACAACCAGCCACCUGAGAUCCUCAACACGGGUUUCACCAUUCAGGAGAAGGGCCACCAUGUCUUGAGUGAGACUGAGUUGCGUGUGAAUGAUGUAGACACUGACGUCGCCCACAUCUCUUUCACUCUCACGCAGGCGCCCAAACACGGCCACAUGAGAGUGUCUGGACAGAUACUGCAUGUCGGGGAGGUCUUCCACUUAGAAGACAUAAAACAGGGUCGGAUUUCCUAUGCCCAUAAUGGUGAUGAGUCUCUCACUGAUAGCUGCUCCUUGGAGGUCAGUGACAGACACCAUGUGGUGCCCAUCACUCUCAGAGUGAACGUCCGGCCGGCGGAUGAUGAGGGGCCCAUGCUGAGCCUUCCUGCUGGCACUCUGGGGUCUUACCUAGAUGUUCUUGAAAAUGGAGCUACUGAAAUCACUGCCGGUGUUAUCAAGGGGACUGACGAGGACACUGAUGAUGUGAUGUUGACUUUUGUCUUGGAAGAUCCACCCUUAUAUGGAGAAAUCCUGGUCAAUGGAGUUCCAACAGAGCAGUUUACCCAAAAGGACAUCUUGGAAGGCUCUGUCAUCUAUGCCCAUACUAGCGGUGAGAUAGGCCUGUUGCCCAGAGGGGACUCUUUUAACUUGAGUCUGUCAGAUGUGUCUCAAGAAUGGGUAAUAGGUAGCAAUACUAUCCUAGGAGUUACUGUGUGGGUGACCAUCCUCCCUGUUGAUAACCAGGCUCCAGAAAUUUCUGUAGGUGAACAGUUUAUAGUUGUGGAAGGUGAUAAAAGUGUUAUAACCUCAACACAUAUAAGUGCUCAAGAUAUUGAUUCACUAACUGAUGACCUCUUGUGCACUAUAGUUAUCCAGCCUACCUCCGGUUAUGUUGAAAACAUUUCUCCAGCCCCGGGCUCUGAGAAAUCAAGAGCAGGAAUUGCCAUAAGUGCCUUUACCCUGAAAGACCUCAGGCAGAGUCAUAUUAACUAUGUCCAGAGUGUCCAUAAAGGGGUCGAACCUGUGGAAGACCGAUUUAUAUUUCGUUGUUCUGAUGGCAUUAACUUUUCAGAGAGACAUUUUUUCCCCAUUGUCAUCAUUCCCACCAAUGAUGAGCAGCCAGAAAUAUUUAUGAGAGAAUUUAUGGUGAUGGAGGGCAUGAGUCUGGUGAUUGAUACGCCCAUCCUCAAUGCCGCUGAUGCUGACAUGCCCCCAGAUGAUCUAACAUUCACUAUUACCCGAUUUCCUACUCGAGGUCACAUCAUGAACCAGCUGAUAAAUGGCACAGUUUUGGUUGAAAGCUUCACCUUGGAUCAGAUCAUAGAGAGUUCAAGCAUUAUUUAUGAGCAUGAUGACUCCGAGACCCAGGAAGACAGUUUUGUGAUUAGACUAACAGAUGGUAAGCACUCAGUGGAAAGGAUGGUCCUCAUUAUAGUUAUCCCAGUUGAUGAUGAGACCCCCAGAAUGAUGAUCAAUAACGGACUAGAAAUAGAAAUUGGGGAAACCAAAAUUAUCAACAACAAAAUAUUAAUGGCAACGGAUUUGGACUCUGAAGACAAAUCUUUGGUUUAUAUUAUUCGAUAUGGGCCAGGACAUGGCUUAUUGCAGAGACGAAAACCUACAGGUGCCUUGGAAAAUAUCACACUGGGCAUGAAUUUUACUCAGGACGAAGUGGACAGAAACUUAAUUCAGUAUGUCCAUUUUGGACAAGAGGGCAUUCGGGACCUAAUUAAAUUUGAUGUGACUGAUGGAAUAAAUGCCCUCAUAGAUCGCUACUUUUAUGUUUCCAUUGGGAGCAUUGACAUUGUCUUCCCGGAUGUGAUAAGCAAAGGAGUAUCCUUGAAAGAAGGUGGCAAAGUCACCCUCACAACAGACCUACUAAGCACCAGUGACUUGAACAGUCCCGAUGAAAACUUAGUUUUUACCAUCACCAGGGCUCCCAUGAGAGGUCACUUAGAGUGCACAGAUCAACUUGGAACAUUCAUCACAUCUUUCACUCAGCUCCAACUGGCUGGCAACAAAAUCUACUACAUCCACACAGCUGACGACGAAGUCAAGAUGGACAGCUUUGAGUUUCAGGUCACUGAUGGACGUAACCCUGUCUUCCGGACAUUCCGUAUCUCCAUUAGUGAUGUGGAUAACAAAAAACCGGUGGUCACCAUCCAUAACCUGGUUGUCAGUGAAGGUGAAAACAAGCUGAUCACUCCCUUUGAACUCACUGUCGAAGACAGAGAUACUCCUGACAAACUCCUGAAGUUCAUUGUCACCCAGGUGCCUGUUCACGGUCAACUCCUGUUCAACAAUACCAGACCCACCAUGGUUUUUACCAAGCAAGACUUGAAUGAAAACUUAAUCAGCUAUAGACAUGAUGGCACUGAGUCGAGUGAAGACAGCUUCUCCUUCACUGUGACUGAUGGUUCCCAUACAGAGUUCUAUGUUUUCCCUGAUACAACAUUUGAAACAAGGAGACCCCAAGUGAUGAAAAUCCAGGUCUUAGCUGUUGACGAUAGUGUCCCCCAAAUUGCUGUGAACAAAGGGGCCUCCACACUUCGCACUCUGCCUACUGGUCACUUGGGGUUCAUGAUCACAAGCAAAAUAUUGAAAGCAGAGGACAGAGACAGCCUACAUUUUUCUCUCAGGUUUAUUGUGACAGAGGCCCCUCGACAUGGCUAUCUCCUCAACCUGGACAGAGGCAACCACAGUGUGACUCAGUUUACACAAGCUGACAUCGAUGACAUGAAAAUAUGCUACGUUUUAAAAGACGGGGCCAAUGCCACAAGUGAUAUAUUCCAUUUUACAGUUGAAGAUGGUGGUGGAAACAAAUUAACCAAGCAGCAUUUUCGUCUGAAUUGGGCAUGGAUCUCCUUUGAAAAGGAAUAUUACUUGAUCAAUGAGGACUCCAAAUUUCUAGAUGUCGUUCUUAAACGUAGAGGUUACUUGGGAGAGACUUCAUUUAUAAGCAUUGGCACAAGAGACGGGACUGCAGAAAAAGACAAAGACUUCAAGGGCAAAGCGCAAAAACAAGUGCAGUUCAACCCAGGCCAGACCAGGGCCACCUGGAGAGUUCGGAUCAUGAGCGAUGGGGAGCAUGAGCAUUCGGAGACUUUCCAGAUCAUUCUGUCAGAGCCGGUGCUGGCUGCUCUGGAAUUCCCCUCAGUGAUCACGGUGGAGAUUGUUGACCCAGGAGAUGAGUCGACUGUAUAUAUUCCCCAGUCUGAAUACUCCGUUGAAGAAGAUGUUGGUGAGCUGUUCAUUCCCAUCCGGAGAAGUGGAGACGUGAGCCAGGAGCUGAUGGUGGUCUGUUACACACAACAAGGCACAGCAGGUGGAACUGUGCCCACAUCAGUGCUGUCCUAUUCAGAUUACAUAUCCAGGCCGGAGGACCACACCAGUGUCAUCCGCUUUGACAGAGAUGAGCGCGAGAAAAUGUGUCGCAUCAUUGUUAUUGACGACUCCUUGUAUGAAGAAGAGGAAAUGUUCCACGUCCUUCUGAGCAUGCCUAUGGGUGGGAGGAUUGGAUCGGAGUUCCCAGCAGCUCAGAUUAAGAUCAUCCCUGACAAAGACGAUGAACCUGUCUUCUACUUUGGCGACGUCGAGUACCCUGUGGACGAGAGCGCCGGCUACGUGGAGGUGCGGGUGUGGAGAACAGGCACGGACCUAUCCAGGUCUUCCAGUGUCACCGUGAGAUCCCGGAAAACGGAUCCUCCCUCUGCUGACGCUGGAACAGACUACGUGGGAAUCAGUCGGAAUUUAGAUUUCACACCUGGAGUCAACAUGCAGACCGUUCGUGUUAUCAUCCUGGAUGACCUUGGGCAGCCGGUGCUGGAGGGAAUUGAGAAAUUUGAACUGGUGCUUCGUAUGCCUAUGAAUGCUGCCCUCGGCGAGCCCAGCAAAGCCACGGUGUCCAUAAAUGAUUCUGUCUCAGAUUUGCCUAAGAUGCAGUUCAAAGAACGAGUAUACACUGGCAACGAAAAUGACGGGCAGAUUGUUGCAGUGGUCCACAGGAGUGGAGACCUUCACUACGGGUCUUCUGUGAGAUGCUACACACGGCAGGGCUCUGCGCAGGUGAUGACGGACUUUGAGGAACGUCCAAACACGGAUAGCUCCAUCAUCACGUUUCUUCCUGGUGAGACUGAAAAGCCUUGUGUCCUUGAGCUGAUGGAUGACAAACUCUAUGAGGAGGUCGAGGAGCUCCGCCUGGUUCUUGGCACCCCACAAAGCAACUCCCCCUUUGGGGCUGCAGUUGGGGAGCAAAAUGAAACUUUGAUAAGGAUCCAAGAUGACACCGAUAAAACUGUGAUUAAAUUUGGAGAAACCAAAUUUAGCGUCAGUGAACCCAAAGAACUGGGACAGUCAGUGGUUGUAAAAAUUCCAGUGAUUCGCCAAGGAGAUACUUCAAAGGUUUCCAUUGUGAGAGUCCACACCAAGGAUGGCUCCGCUACCUCUGGAGAAGAUUAUCACCCUGUGUCAGAAGAAAUUGAGUUUAAGGAGGGAGAAACCCAGCAUAUUGUUGACAUUGAAGUAAUCUUCGAUGGGAUCAGAGAGAUGAGAGAGGCCUUCACUGUUCACCUAAAACCCGAUGAGAACAUGGUAGCAGAGACGCAGGUGACCAAAGCAAUUGUGUAUAUAGAAGAAAUGAACAGCAUGGCAGAUGUCACUUUUCCUUCCGUCCCUCAGAUUGUGUCAUUACUGAUAUAUGAUGACACUUCCAGAGCUAAAGAUAGUGCUGGACCCGUGUCUGGCUAUCCUGUCAUCUGUAUCACAGCCUGCAACCCUAAAUACUCAGACUAUGACAAAACGGGCUCUAUUUGUGCAAGUGAGAACAUCAACGACACCUUGACCCGCUAUCGAUGGCUAACCAGUGCACCCACUGGCCCUGAUGGCGUCACUAGCCCCAUGAGAGAAGUGGACUUUGACACCUUUUUUACGUCAUCCAAGAUGAUCACCUUAGACUCCAUAUACUUCCAGCCUGGCUCCAGGGUGCAGUGCGCAGCCCGUGCUGUGAAUGCCAAUGGCAAUGAGGGCCUGGAGCUGAUGAGCGCUAUUGUCACCGUUGGCAAAGAAGAAGGUCUGUGUCAGCCCCGGGUGCCAGGGACGGUGGGAGCAGAGCCAUUCUCCGCUAAGCUGCGCUACACAGGCCCCGAGGACCCAGACUACACAAACCUCAUCAAGCUCACGGUCACAAUGCCACACAUAGAUGGCAUGCUCCCUGUGAUCUCUACCAAAGAGCUGUCCAACUUUGAGCUCACCCUCAGUCCUGAUGGCUCAAGAGUUGGAAACCACCAGUGCUCCAACCUUCUGGAUUAUACCGAAGUGAAGACUCACCAUGGUUUCUUAACUGAUGCUACAAAAAAUCCAGAAGUAAUUGGAGAGACGCAUCCUUACCAGUACAGCUCAUCUAUCAGAGGCUCUAGUACCUUACGCUUCUAUCGAAACCUGAACCUGGAGGCCUGUUUGUGGGAGUUUGUUAGCUACUAUGACAUGUCAGAACUUCUCACUGACUGUGGGGGCACCAUCGGGACAGACGGACAGGUCCUAAAUCUAGUGCAGUCCUAUGUGACCCUUCGAGUUCCUCUGUAUGUUUCCUACGUGUUCCAUUCCCCGGUUGGGGUAGGAGGCUGGCAGCAUUUUGACUUGAAGUCAGAGCUCCGCCUAACUUUUGUGUAUGACACUGCCAUCUUGUGGAAUGAUGGAAUCGGCAGCCCACCAGAAGCCGAACUCCAAGGUUCUCUCUACCCCACGAGCAUGCGCAUCGGUGAAGAGGGGCGCUUGGUGGUGAACUUUAAGACAGAGGCUCAGUUCCAUGGUCUGUUCGUGCUGUCCCAUCCCGCAUCCUUCAUGAGCUCAAUGAUCAUGUCAGCUGAUCAUCCAGACCUGACCUUCUCCCUGCGCCUCAUCAGGAGUGAACCGACCUAUAACCAGCCCAUGCAACAGUGGAGCUUUAUGUCUGACUUUGCAGUACGUGACUAUUCAGGGACUUACACAGUGAAACUGCUGCCUUGCACCACUCCAUCGCAUCAAGAGUACCGCCUGCCAGUCACCUGCAACCCCCGAGAGCCUGUCACCUUUGACCUUGACAUUCGGUUCCAACAGGUCAGCGAUCCAGUGGCAGCUGAGUUCAGCUUGAACACCCAGAUGUACCUCCUCUCCAAGAAAAGCCUCUGGCUGUCUGAUGGAUCCAUGGGAUUUGGGCAAGAGAGUGAUGUUGCCUUCGCGGAAGGGGACAUCAUUUAUGGGCGUGUCAUGGUAGAUCCUGUCCAGAAUCUGGGUGACUCCUUUUACUGCAGCAUUGAGAAGGUGUUUCUGUGCACUGGAGCUGACGGCUAUGUUCCCAAAUACAGUCCCACGAAUGCAGAAUAUGGCUGCUUAGCUGACUCUCCUUCACUCUUAUAUAGAUUUAAAAUUGUGGACAAAGCUCAGCCAGAGACACAAGCCACCAGUUUUGGAAAUGUCCUGUUUAAUGCCAAGCUAGCAGCCGAUGACCCUGAAGCUAUUCUCUUAGUGAAUCAGCCUGGAUCCGAUGGCUUUAAAGUCGACUCAACGCCACUCUUUCAGGUUGCCCUGGGUCGGGAAUGGUACAUACACACGAUCUACACGGUAAGAUCAAAAGACAAUGCCAAUCGAGGCAUUGGCAAAAGAAGUACCGAGUACCAGCACCACUCCAUAGUGGGUCCAGGGAAGCCAGAGGCCACAAGCCAGGGCCGGAAGAAGAGGGAGAUCAGGAGCCCACCCCCGCUGGCGUGGGACAUAGGUGCUGACAACAACCGGGGAACCAACAUCCAGCACAUUGCCCUGGACCGCACCAGCAGGAAGCAGGUCCCCCAGGGGCGAGUUCCUCCUGAUGGCGUCCUCCCUCGUGAGCUCAACCGGCCCAGCUCCGACGUCAGCCUGGUCACAGUUGUUGGCAGCAUCGCGGUGGGGUUCCUCACCCUCUGCCUCGCUGCCAUCACAGUGAUGAUGUGCAGGAAGAAGAAGGGUGCCAGGAGGAAGGGCGCCCUGAAAGGCUCAGGCAGUAGCAAGCCCAUGAUGGCCCCGCAGAGCCACCAGGGAGACAGCUCAGAGGUUUGAAGAGCGUCCCUGGGAUUCAGCCUUGGCCUCCAGUGCCUUAGAAAGACAAUGGAAACCCAAAUGCUUCUGUCAGUGCCAGGGAAUUGGGGACUUCUGUUACGAAGACGCUCAGAGGACCUGACUAUCCUAAUGAGCUUGGAUUUGAAUUCUGUCUACUUUUUCAUGCAUCAGAGAACAAAUGCAGACCACAAAUCACGCCUUUCCUCUGGCCCCAGAGGCAGCAACAGUGUAUUCGUGUGUACACAUAGCCAUCAAUGGACUGCCAGGAAUGGACUUCUCAUUUUAGGCAUUUUUCUCUAAACAGUGGAGACAAAUCUAUUCCAAGGUGCUGCAGACUCUCUCAGAAGUUGAAGAGGAGUCUCCUGUUGCUAUAUGAGCAUGAAUCUUGAAGGUGCAAUUAUCACAUUGUUUAUUCAUUGUAUAACAGUUUAUUCCUAGAAAGGUUUUCAUGGAUAGUCUGCACGAAUGAUAAAUACACUGUUUACUAUGACAAGUUUUUGAAUAGGUGGAGACAGCAUGGAAUUAUGAUCAGGGGUGGCUCAACCCGUCAUUCACCCUUCCUACUACAUGGGAGGGAACGGAAGGAAAGAUAGAGGGAAGGAAGUCACUAGGUUGGAUUGGAAUUGUUUCUCAUCCUCAUCAGAGCCUCCCUGUUUUACUUGCUUAUUUAACUUUAAAUUAAACCAAAGAAUACGUUAAGUCUGGAAGAGACUGUCGAAGAAAGACUUUCCUGUUAUAUAGUGAGAAAUAGUCGAAUUCUUGCAUGAUAGUAUAUCUUAUGGGUGCUCAACAUUUGUGGGAAAUAAGAGGGUUGGUGGCGUUUUGAUGAUGAAGAAGAAAUGCUAUAGAGUUAGAUUCACAUUUAUAAGACAAUGUUCUGUAAGAACUGAGCCUAGAUGUUUGCAGUAUUGAACCCAAAAUUAUGAGAAGUAUCAUUACAGGUGGUGGAAGGAGAAAGUGGUAUUUAUUAAUAUAAUGUGUUUAACCAAAGUGCCUCUUCUACAUCAUGGAAAUAAAGAACAUUCUGACAGAUGAUAUAUGAGGUUAACCCUCAGAGGAGCAUAAUCACACAACAAUGUCCAGAACUUAAAUUGGCCAUAGGACAUUUCAUUAACCUUCUAAUCAGCCUCUGGGCCCAAAAUGGGGACCUCUGCCCCUGUCAUUCCAGAGAUGGCCUUGGAGGCACUACCUUCUUUGAUCCAGGAGGAGAGCAACAUUCUUUGUCAUCUCCAGUUCAGUGAGCUGACAGAGCAAGGUCCCUCUCAGUAUCUGAAAACAUACCGUGUGACACUGCUCACAGUGUUAAAAACCAGGAAACUUAAGUGAGCUUGCUUGGCAAGGUUCCCAUCACCCUUCUGAAAAAAUAGACUCUAAGCAAAUGGCAGAAAUUUCCGUUGGAAAGGGAAGGAAAAUGUCAGUAUUCCAGUGACCAAUCUCCCAAAAGCUAGUGAAUGUAUUUCAAGCAAAAAUAGAGUCAGGAGAAAAAGAACUGUACUUAAGGGCUAACUAACCCUCACGUGUUGCCUGGAAUCUUUUCACUUUUGUCCAUAGCCUGGCCACACUGGACGUCCUAGUGGAAUGGAUCUCAUCUGGUGUCCAUGGGCACCAGCCAUCUCUUUAUUGAAAAAAGGAAUCUACGUUGGUGCUGAGAGAGAGGUGAAAAGCGUCUAAUGCUCACCUCUCUCCUUUUGGGCAGCUCUGCACUUCACACUCAAAGUCUUUCAAAGAAUAUGGUAGACUGGAGUCUCCUUCCAUUGGGGAAUUUACGGAUAUCACCCCUAUAACUCAAGGGCCCCCCAAAGGACUUAUAUUAAGUACGGUAUAGCCAGGGAGUUCAUUUGUCAAGCAAACAUGAAUGUUUUCAUCAUUAUCGCCUUUUCUUUUGCUUUGCCUUCUGGCAGAUGCUUUGCUACUUCUUUAGCUAUCUCAUAACUUGUCUAGGAAUGAGCAUAUUAAGCAGCUUCAGUUAGCGUGUGGACUUUUCAUGACUUAGCGCUGGGUUCAAUUCAGUUAGACUGUGGGAGCAAGUACUUGCCGUUGACUUUAUGUUCCUUCAGUGGUUUAGAUGCCUCAGAGCCUGACUCUUGUGCAGUCUUGAGCAUCUCUGUCACUGAUUAUAGUAACAUAGUAAUAUAGUGAAGCCUCAUUAUGACAAGCCUGUUUGGAGCCUUUGGGCCACACUGGUUUUAUAUCAAAUUUCACUCUGCAAUGGGUUUUACUAAUGAGACUGCCAUAUAUGAAUUGGAGGGCUUAUAAAAUACAGAACAUGUCUAUCCUUUUCUAACAAAGAAAAGUUUCUUCCUCUCUGCCCAGUCCCUCUCUCUCUCUCUCCCUUUCUCUCCUCUUCCUUUCCCUUGAAAACAGAGUCUGUGGGGAAAAGGCAGAUAUAGCUUUCUUAAGUGUAGAGUGCUUGGA